UGUCAAUUUAUUUAAGUUAAUUGUCCAAAAUAGUCCAAAUCGCGUUGAAUAUAAGAUUGCUAUAGAAAUUAUUUGUAAAAACUUUCUCAAAAAUUUAAUUCUAAAAUGUAAAGGAACCUACAAUCAGAUACCGAUAACACAUUUUGUAAAUGGUUUAAUAUUGAAACGAAACUUCUAAACAUUUUUGGUGAAAUACAUAAUAAUAUAACUUCUUCGAAAACUAGGUAGAUAGACUUCAACUCAGUUUUAUUAGCGAGCUAGAAGAUACAGAGAUUAUCUAAGAUGGUGUGUGAUGGUCCGGAUCCUCCAGAGAACAACCCUCACGAAAUUGUUCCACCUCCUAGGAAUGAAUUGAUAAUGAAUGGUAAUCAAGGGGAUGACAGUGAUGAAGAACAUGAAUAUUUCGGCUAUGAACCUUUGGCGCAAGGUCCAGAACUAGCAGUCUCAGAUCACGAUAGUGAUGAUGACCCAGAGAGUGCUGAAACACCUCCAGCUGAUGUUCCAAAUAUAGAACCAAUGGAAAAUGUACUAAGCCGGGAAGUUUGGAGUGCCCCGAGACAUACAGAUGCUAUACAAAUGGAUAAUGAACGGGCUCAACAGGUGAUGAGAGCUAUGGCAAAUUUUGCUCUACCCCAGGCCUCAAUUCCAGAAUGGGCUCAGAGCAUCUCUGAAGAACAAUGGAAGCAAACUCUCAAUGAACAAAUAGAAAGAUUGAAAAAUAAAAGAUAAACAAUUAUGUGUAGUAUAAUUAAGAUUUAAGUGAUAAAAAUAACAAUUAUAACUUAUAUGUUUAAAAAAUGUAUAUAAACUGUAAACUUUAAGCUUAUUCACAUUACUUUAAAUAUAGAAAAAAUAUGUGUACCUA